GGCGCUGUAUUCCUGUGACGUCAUUUUCACCCGACGCAAAUAUAGAUCGUGCGGCUCUUGGAGCAUCGGAUCUGUUAAACAAAACAUAUUUGCGGAGAAUGACCUUAAAACCUGGCUGGCUGCUGCUUCUAUCCAUAUGUGCCGGGGUCUGGUCGGUGCCUAUAGAUCGCAAUGUAGGCAAAGAAGAGCCGAAAGAGGAGGUGCAGGAGGAGACGGGGGACACUGGCCUGUACUAUGACAGGUAUCUUAGAGAGGUGAUAGAAGUGUUGGAGACUGACCCUCACUUCCGAGAGAAACUGCAAACGGCAAACACGGAGGACAUCAAGAACGGUCGUCUCAGUAAGGAGCUGGACUUGGUCAGUCACCAUGUCCGUACUCGCCUGGAUGAGCUGAAGCGUCAGGAGGUCUCUCGCCUCAGAAUGCUCCUCAAGGCCAAACUGGACAGCACCAACGUUCAGACUCUGCAGAUGGACCACGCCUCCCUGCUGAAGCAGUUCGAACAUCUGGAUCACCACAAUCAAAACUUUGAAGCUAAAGACCUUGAGCUGCUCAUUUCAACAGCCACCAAAGACUUGGAGAACUAUGACGCUGAGAGGCACGAGGAGUUCAAACGCUACGAGAUGCUUAAAGAGCACGAGAGGCGGGAGUACCUGAAGGGUCUGGACCAGGAAAAGAGGGAGAAGGAGGAGAAGAGACUGCAGGAUCUGAAGGACAAACACCGUCAGCAUCCUAAAGUUAACGCUCCGGGUAGUGUAGCUCAGCUGCGGGAAGUGUGGGAGGAAACAGAUGGACUGGAUCCUCAGGAGUUCAACCCCAAAACAUUUUUUAAACUACAUGACACAAAUGAAGAUGGUGUUUUAGAUGAGCAGGAGUUAGAGGCACUAUUUACCAAAGAGCUGGAAAAAGUCUACGACCCCAAGAAUGAGGAAGACGACAUGAUGGAGAUGGAAGAAGAAAGGCUGAGGAUGAGGGAGCAUGUCAUGAAGAAUGUGGACACAAAUAAGGACCGCCUUGUCAGCUUGGAGGAGUUCCUCAAAUCCACAGAGAAGAAGGAGUUCAAUAAUCCAAAAGAGUGGGAGACUCUGGACGCUAGGCCAGCGUACACGGAGGAGGAGCUCCAGCGGUUUGAGGCUGAGCUCAGGGACAAAGAGGAGGAGCUAAAGAGAAGAGAGGCCACUCUGCGUCAGGAGCAGGAGCUGCUGAAGGAGAGAGAAAAAGCCCUGGAGGCCCAGAAGAAGGAGUACCAGCAGGCAGUAUUAGAGAUGACGCAGAGGCAGAAGGAGCAGCAGGCAGCAGACGGGCAGCCUCCUGUAGGUCCUAACGGAGAACUUCAGUUUAAACCAGAGGCAAAAAAAGAGGAGGAUAAAGUGGAAAAAGUCCCAGCUGCACCUGAAGCAGAAGUCCAGAAUAAUCUACCUGCAGAGCCUCCACAGAAUCUGCCUUUACACACUUAAAGCAGCACGCUCAGACAGCCUUAAGGCCGGCUACACUCCAGACAAUUUUAACAUGGGGCAACCACAGAUAUAAGGGCAGUUUUAAUUAUUUAUUGAUAUUUGAACGUAACCACUUGAUGAUUGAGCCACUUGUGAUUUCACAGUAGAGAUUCCACGGACAUGAGAUCUCACAGAAACUCGCGAUCAAACGUGACUUCAGAAUAAAAUCAGGCUGGCUGUUGGCCCUUUUGCACUCGUUUUGUCGCCAUAAUUCCACAUUGUGGUCUUCUUUCUCAAUAUUCUACUUGACCUGGAGCACAGCUGUUUAUUUUAACCACCUUGUUUGUGAGCUGUAACAGUGCAUCCUUCUGGUGAUGCUUCCUGCUCUGCUUAAUGGUUAUCGCAGGUAUUUCACCAGAGGCAGCUAGAGUGUAAGGGGGGCCCCCAACAGCAAAAUAAUCAUAUUGACACCACUUACUUUAGAAUUAUUUGGACAAAUAAUUGUUUGUGACCCCCUGUUGAUUGUUGUUGGUUGCAAAUUGGGCCUAAAAUUGUCUAGUGUGUAGCCAGCCUAACGCGCAGACAUUAUUACACACUCCACACCCUGAUUUGCACUGACACACACUGUAUAUCCAGACAGCUCCUACUGACUCAAAUAUGUGAACUCUGUGUGUGAACUCAGACAGAAGUGGCUUGUGAAUCAUGACAUAUUGUACUGUACUUUCAUUUCUUUGCUCAACUUCAGAUGAAAAAUGACAUAUAUGGAUAUUAAUACAUUUAUUCUCAGAAACCUACAGUUUGAGGGAAGUUUUCCUGCAGGGUAUUUCAAUGUGAAAUCAUAAACAUCUCAAUAAAGUCAUAAUUUAAGGA